UGUUCUGGAAAAAAUUUAAAUAUUUAUUUAAUUUUAAAAGAAAAUUUCAAAAAUUUUUGUGAGGGAAAGGGAGAGAAGUUUAUGGGGAUUUUAAAUUGGGUAUGGAGACGAGUUUCAAUUAUCGUGUUUGAGAGAGGGGAAGAAGUUUACAGGGAAAUUAGGUAUGGAGAUGAGUUUAAGUUAUAUUAUAGUAAUGUUUUUUAGAGUUCGAAGUAAGUCUUGGGAAAGUUCUCCCACUGAGAUUCCAGAUUUCCGUUUCAUUCUUAAGUCUUCGGUUUCAAUUUCUCAACUUACAAUUUUCUAUAUUUCCAAAUUUUUCUUCACUUUUUUCAAGUUUAGAAAAAACGAGAAAUACAUAGAUUAUAGUGCUUCGCCUGAACCGCAAAUUUGA